CCGACCCACAUCGAGGUUUCGAGUGUUUGUAUUGCUGACGCGGCGAUCCAAUCCAAUCCAAUACCCAUACCAGAUAGGCUGUUAUAUAUAGUACAAGCGCAUGUACCUACGUUAUCAUAGUGGACAUCAAUCAAGAUUGGGUGGAUAUAACACCGCUAGCUCAAGUGGAUCCUCUUCGUUAUCGUCAGGACCAUGGGCUAGUGGUUAUGGUCCAGCACCGCAUUAUCUUCAACACCGAGAAUAUCGGCAACAACAAAGACAUCCUUACAUGCAUCAGCAACAACAUCAAAGUCGUAAUGGUAACAAUUAUCAAUCAUCUCAAAGUAAUUAUCACGGAUAUCAACAAAGGAAUGGCAACUCGGAUCGAUAUGGCGGUAAUAGCGGAGGAAAUAGCGGAUGGAGACGAUAAAUGAAUUUAUUUUUGUUUGUUUCUUUUCUUCUUUUUUUUUUUUUUCUUUUUUCUUUUUCCUCUAUAACGUAUGCUACUAAUAUUCUUUAAUAUUUUAUUUGAUGUAAUUUUCAGUCAGCAUAAUAGGAUUACAAGUGGAAAAUUGAAUUAAUAUUGACAAUUAAUUAAACGGAACGUAUGUUUAUUGUUAUUAUUAU